AAUGACUUUGAAUUUAUCAUUCAUAAGAAUUGUUCAUAGUUUAAGUAAAUGUAAUUGAUUGUUGAUAAUAUGCUGAUUCUAAAUAAAAAUAUAAAUGCUAAAAGAAAUUAUGUUAUAACAGGCUAGCAAAAUGGAUACCCAAUUCAGUGAUAAUGUAUCGUCUACAAAUGACCAUUGCCAUCAAAGGUGCUGUGUUCCAUCUACAAACAUAUGCCAUAUUGACUGUAACAGCACCAACAGUAACGAUUAUGUAUUUGAUAUGAAUGAUCAUAGUACUUUGAUAUCAAACUGCAUAUUAAAAAAAAAAAAAUACAAAUGCCAUUGUUCUCUUUUGGAAGAAUACGGAUCUAAAUCAAACACAUACUACUCUCAACCAUGGAUAACCUUCGUUCAUAUAUUAUGUACUGCAAUUUUGGUUUUAUUUGCAGUCUAUUUAGAAUCCAAUGUUUUAAUUUUUGAAAAAAAUACAAAUAAAAAAGAAAUGGAUGAUAUUGUAUGGCGUUUAAUUCCUACAGAACAACACGGGACUACUACAUCAACAACAGAUCUACCUCCUAAAGAUAAAUGUGAACCAUUAUAUGUUCUAGUUUAUGCUCAUUGUUGUGUAUGGUUUUUAUUUUUGGUACUGGACCAUGUUGCUCGACACAUGCAUCAUAAAACAUUAAGAUCUCGUGGACACUUGCGUGCUUAUGCUAGACUUACUCGCCUGGCAGUGAUUCCAUUUCAAUUAGUAUCUUUAUGGACUGUAUUAUUGGCUAUAUUUAUAGCUGUAUAUGCUCAACAAGAUGCAGCUGAUAUGGAACCAUACUGUGAUGCUAACAUGUUGAUGUCACCGAAAAAUGGAAUUGCCGUAUUACUUGUUAUUGAGUUUGUGUGUGUCACAAUAUCUUCAUUACUGUAUGCAAAUUCUAUAAGAAAAUUUAGUCUAGAAAAGCCACCGCCAGAUGUAUGUGGUUGGGAAGAAAAUAAUUAUUGUGAUCGAUGGACACCACAAGUGUUGCAGAAUAAUGAUAUGACAACAAGUCAACAACUAAAUCCUGAAGAAAUUCCAAAUUCUGAACAACGAGAUAGUAGGUGCUUAUUAGAUUUAUUAGAGUAUUAUGCUUAUGCGAAUCGAGAGUUGGCCGCCCAGUUGGCUAGUAAGUCUGAAAGAUUACGCCAACUUGAAGUUGAAAAUACAGCUCAACAACCUUCUCAGUCAUAAAAUAAUAUAUAUCGUCUUAUUUAUUUAUUUCGUUUUCUUGAAACUUUUCCUAUUACUAUCACUUUUAUCGUAUUUUAAUGAAAUUCUAAUUCUGUAAAUCCAUAUUUAACUAAUAAAUAUAUUAUUAAAUAAUUGUUAAACCAAUUA